UCGGUACUUCAGUAAAAUAGAUCUGAAGUCCGGGUACCAUCAGAUUGCAAUCCGGCCCGAGGAUCAACACAAAACCGCAUUUCAGACCAGGUACGGUCUGUACGAGUUUGUGGUGAUGCCUUUUGGCCUUUGCAAUGCUCCUGGCACCUUUCAGCACGCUAUGAAUCGGAUAUUCCAUGACUACUUGGAUAAGUUUGUCGUCGUGUACCUCAAUGACAUAUUUAUUUUUAGUAAAGACUGUCGAGGAGCACGUAGCACACUUAGACAAAGUUCUCAGUCUCCUGCGACAGCACAAGUUCAAGAUCAACGAUGAAAAGUGCGAGUUUGGCCGCACCCGUAUCUUGUACUUGGGUCAUGAGAUCUCCGCGGAAGGGUUGAAGCCCGAUGACGCGAAGGUGGCCAGCAUUCGUGAUUGGCCACGACCUCAGUCUGUGACUGAGAUGAGAUCUUUCUUAGGAAUGACAGGCUACUACCGGACUCUUGUAAAAAACUAUAGCAUUGUGGCCGCUCCUUUGACUGAUCUGACCCGCCUUGACACCCCGUGGGAGUGGACAGAUGAGUGCGAGGCUGCUUUCAGACAUCUGAAGCAUGCAUUGACGCACUAUGAAGUCUUGAAGCUACCCGAUCCUGAUAAGCCAUUUAUAGUAACCACGGAUGCUAGCCAAUAUGGCAUUGGCGCCGUGCUUGCGCAGCAGGAGGGGCCAAAGUUGAGGCCAGUUGAGUACAUGUCCAAGAAAAUGUCGUCUCAGAAGUUGGCUAAGUCUACUUAUGAGAAGGAACUCUAUGCGGUGUACAAGGCUCUCACCCAUUGGAGACACUAUCUCCUUGGGCGGUUCUUCUUCCUCCGGACUGGUCAUCAGACCCUGAGAUGGAUGAGAACACAACCGGUACUCUCAGAUGCUCUCAAGCGAUGGAUCGAAGUCAUUGAGCAAUAUGACUUUGACCCUCAGUAUCUCAAAGGGGAGUACAACAAGGUUGCUGAUGCCUUAUCGCGCAGACCGGACUUCUCAGGUGCGCUGAUUACUGAGUUCGAUCUGACGGACGAUGUUACUCAGUCUUUGGUGGAAGCCUAUCGUCAGGACCAGUUUAUGUCUGAGAUCAUACGCAGACUAGAGGCGAAGGAUAAGAAGACCUCCGCCGAGUUUGAGUUGGUCAAUGGAUUGCUGUUCCUAGAGAAGGCAGGGAAUAAACGCUUGUGUGUUCCAAAUAGCGAGUCUUUGCGUAGUUUGUUUUUAGGUGAGUGUCAUGAUGCCACCGGCCAUUUUGGGUACAAAAAGAAUGCGGCCAACUUGCUGCAGCGGUUCUGGUGGCCCACGAUGAUGAAAGAUGCACAUCUGUACGUGGAAACUUGUCAAGUAUGGCAAAGAGACAAGCCCCGUACUCAGGCUCCUUUUGGGCUGCUCAAGCCCCUUCCGAUUCCGGAAAGGCCGGGUGAAAGUUUGUCCAUGGACUUUAUGGAUACGCUGGUCACCAGCAAGAGUGGGAUGAGACAGAUCUUUGUCAUCGUGGAUAGGUUUAGGACGUCAGGUUUACGAGUGAAUUGUGGAAGGCCGCUGCAGUUGAACAAGGAACUCAACUGCAGAUGACUUCUGGAAAUCAUCCAGAAGCUAAUGGCCAGGCUGAACAAAUGAACCGCGCUGUG